AUGAGUUUCUCGCAAGUGACACGUGAAAAAUUUCUUCGUGAGACUCACGCAGCAACAGAUUCUGAAGUGGCCUAUCUCGAUUCUGUUUACCAAUUAAGACAUCAACGCCGUGAAGAUACAAGAUCAUAUUGGCAACCAUCCGAAAUACUCGAUGUCUGGCUAUUUCAAGGCACUUGGGAACAAGCAAAUGAUCCAGCACUACUCAAUCGACUCGCGAUUACACAUAUCAUUAAUGUUACUGAUAAGAAACUUCAUGAUCCAUCACGUCAAAUACUUCAUAUUCAGAGCAAAGAAGGUCGUUCCGCUGAUCUUUUAGAAUCGUUUAAUACAACAAAUUCAUUUCUUGAUACAUGCCAUGAACAAGGCUAUCGAGCUUUUGUACAUUGUCAUCGUGGUGUAUCUCGUUCUUCAACAAUUAUUCUCGCCUAUUUGAUGCAUUGCAAAAAAUGGAAUCUUUUACAAGCCUAUGAAUAUUUGUUGACCAAACGACAACAAGCAUUACCAAAUCCCGUUUUGUUUCUUCAGCUUAUACGUUAUGAAAAUAGUUUGAUUGAAGCAAAGACAUAUCAAACACUUGAUAGAGUCUUUGACAACAUGUUGGAAUACUUUGAGAUAGAAGAAAAUACUCUUGGCAUGACUUUAACAUCAGGGACAUGUACCUUACAGAAAGAUGAUAAAAAUUUGAUUGGAAUAAGUAUUGGUGGUGGUUAUCCAUAUUGUCCUUGUUUAUAUAUUGUGCAAGUAUUUGAUGAUUCGUCAGCAUCAAAAGAUGGAUCAAUAGCUGCAGGCGAUGAAAUUGUUACAAUUAAUGGUAUAUCAGUAAAAGGACAAACAAAAACUGAAGCAGCUAAAUUUAUUUCAGCUUGUCCAUCACAAGUAACAAUUCAUUAUAAUAAACUACAUGCUCGACCACAAGAUGGAAAAACAUUAGAUAUCAUUUUAAAAAAAGUCAAACAUCGUAUGAUCGAAUCCAUGAGUUCAUCAACUGCUGAUGCUUUGGGUCUUAGUCGGGCUAUACUAUGCAAUGAUACUCUGGUUAAAAAACUUCAUGAACUUGAACAAAUAGCAGAUUUCUAUCGUGGUCUUAUCAAACAUGCACGUAAAGUGCUGAUUGGUAUAUAUGACUUAUCUCAUAUACAUCGUAAUUUUGGUGAUGCAUUUGCUAAUAUUGGUGCUCGUGAACCACAAUUUAAUGCAUCACAAGCAUUCACAAAAUUUGGUGAUGCUCAUCGACAACUUGAGCAAUAUGCUAUAACGCUACUUAAAACUGCUGCACCCAUGGUUGCAGAUUUAAAUACAUUUUUAACAAAAGCCAUUCCUGAUACUCGAUUAACUAUUGAAAAAUAUGCCGAUGCAAAAUUCGAGUAUUUAUCUUAUUGUUUAAAAGUAAAAGAAAUGAAUGAUGAAGAAUAUAUGUUUGCUGCACAAUAUGAGCCACUUUAUCGAGUUGAAUCAGGAAAUUAUGAAUAUCGAUUAGUACUUCGAUGUCGACAAUUAGCUCGUGAACGUUUUGCUAAAAUGCGUUCAGAUGUACUUGUUAAAUUAGAAUUACUUGAUCAAAAACGUGUUCAAGAUACUGUCUUUCAAUUACAUCGUUUGAUAACUGCUCUUGAUAAAUAUCAUAAAGAUAGUAAUGAAAUUAUGAAAGAAGUUGAUAUAUUUCCAAUUGAAGUUGAUUUGUCUUUACCAACCUUUCGUAAAAAAGAAAAUCAUGAUGCUGAUCAAUUCGAUGAUAAAACUGAACAAGUAAAUGACAAUAGUAAUCAAGACGAAAAAACCGAUGAUAUAGAUCUACUUAAUAUUGGAGAUUAA